GGCCUGGUCUUCAAGCUUGGUUGCAAAGAACGCUUUCACUGUGUGUGAGGUGACUGCUGGGUAGAGGACACGCCAGGACGUCGGGCUGGAGCCUACCACACCUCUUCUGCAAGCUGACUCUUCUACCGCUGGAUGCAACUAUCUGGAGACGGCCAACUUUGAAUUGAUGCUUCAUCUGUGAAUCGGAAUGGAUUUUGAAAACACAUAACCUGGAUUCGUUGUGAGAACUCUACUGGUGGAAUUAACCAACUUUUCUGACGAGUUGUUUCUGGAGGAGGGGGGGAAACCAACCUAAAGCUGACAUGGAUCAAGCAAGCGGCGGGGAAGACCCGAAUAAACCAUCUAAAAAGAAGUCCAGCGAGGACGAGGGUAAAAACAAAAAGCUGAAUAUACACAUAAAAACAUUGGCUGAUGAUAUGCGAGAUCGUAUCACCAGUUUCAGGAAAACAGGGAUGAAGAAGGAGAAACCUCUUAUCCAGCACCCAACAGAUCCCCUCCCCACCCAGACUGAGCUGCCGGUUCCCCAGCCCCUCUUCGACGACAGAUCCAUGAACCUCUCAGAAAAAGAAAUCAUUGACCUCUUCGAGAAGAUGAUGGAGGACAUGAACCUGAACGAGGAUCGCAAAGCCCCUCUGCGUGGAAAGGACCUGAGCACCAAGCGUGAGAUGGUGGUCCAGUACAUCUCAGCCACUGCCAAAUCUAUAACUGGGAGCAAAGUUGCGGGUGGACUGAGGAACAGCAAGCAUGAGUGUACACUUUCAUCCCAAGAAUAUGUCCAUGAACUGCGUUCGGGCAUCACAGAGGAAAAGCUGCUCAAUUGCCUGGAAUCCCUCAGAGUAUCUCUCACGAGUAAUCCUGUCAGCUGGGUUAAUAACUUCGGUCAUGAGGGUCUCGGCCUUCUUCUGGAUGCUUUGGAGAAGCUCCUGGACAAGAAACAGCAGGAGAAUAUUGACAAACGCAACCAACACAAACUCAUCCAGUGCUUGAAGGCUUUCAUGAACAACAAGUAUGGACUGCAAAGGAUCCUGGGAGACGAGCGGAGCUUGUUGCUCCUGGCACGAGCGAUCGACCCCAAACAGACCAGCAUGAUGACGGAGAUCGUCAAAAUCCUCUCCGCUUUCUGCAUUAUCGGAGAGGAAAACAUCCUGGAUAAGAUUUUAGCUGCCAUGACAAUCGCUGCAGAGAGGAACAAUAAAGAGAGAUUUGCUCCAAUUGUGGAAGGACUGGAGAACCACGAGGCCCAGCAACUCCAGGUCGCCUGCAUGCAGCUGAUCAAUGCCCUGGUCACCUCCCCUGAUGACCUGGAUUUCCGGAUACAUCUACGCAAUGAAUUUUUAAGAUGUGGCCUCAAGAAGAUCCUUCCCGAGCUGAAAGAGACGGAGGAGCUCGACAUCCAGCUGAGGGUAUUCAAUGAGAACAAGGAGGAGGACUCGAUCGAACUCUCCCACCGCCUGGAUGACAUCCGCGCCGAGAUGGAUGAUAUGGGCGAGGUGUACCAUCUCCUGUCCAACAUGGUGAGAGACACCGGCUCAGAGCCAUACUUCCUGUCGAUCCUCCAGCACCUAUUGCUCAUCAGGAAUGACUAUUACAUCAGGCCUCAGUACUACAAGGUGAUCGAGGAAUGCGUGUCUCAGGUGGUCCUGCACCGCAAUGGCAUGGACCCGGACUUUGGCUACAGCAGACGAUUAGACGUGGAUUUCACCCAGCUGAUCGAUCAGUGUGUGGAUAAAGCCAAAGUGGAGGAGAGUGAGCAGAAGGCUGUGGAGUACUCCAAAAAGUUUGAUGAGGAGUUCAGCGCUCGGCAGGAGGCUCAGGCCGAGUCUCAAAAGAAGGAAGAGAAAAUCAAAGAGUUGGAGGGGAAGAUCCAGGCUCUGGAGUCCCAGAUUGCAGCUGGCCCGGCUGCCCCUGGAGCGCCACCCGCCCCGCCGCUGCCCGGUGGUGCAGCCCCCCCGCCCCCUCCGCCACCCCCUCCUCCCCCACCGGGCGGCGGCCCGCCUCCGCCGCCUCCUCCUCUGCCCGGCCACGCAGGCAUCGCGCCUCCUCCGCCGCCUCCGCUGCCGUUCGGUGGACCCCCGCCACCUCCGCCUCCCCCGGGCUGUGGACCCCCACCUCCUCCACCUCCCUUUGGGGGCCCAGGCGCACCUCCACCACCUCCCUCAUUGCCUGUUGUCAAGCUGCCUUAUGGACUCAGUCCAAAGAAGAUCUACAAGCCAGAAACCGUGAUGAAGAGGGUCAACUGGACCAAGAUAGUGCCUCAGGAAAUGGCGGAGAAUUGCUUCUGGAUCAAAGUCAAAGAAGAGAAGUUUGAGAAUCCUGACCUAUUUGCUCAGCUCUCCCUCUGCUUCUCGUCACAGAGCAAAGUGAGACACGACCUGAAAGAUGAAACUGACAAUAGAGUGCCACAGUUCAAGAAGAAGGCGAAAGAGCUUCGAAUCUUGGAUCCCAAGACUGCACAGAACCUUUCAAUUUUCUUGGGCUCGUUCCGUCUGCCUUAUGAAGAGAUCCGGGACAUUGUGCUGGAGGUAGACGAGGAGAGACUGAGCGAAUCACUCAUCCAGAACCUGAUAAAGAACCUGCCGGAGCAGAAAGAUCUGAGCGCGCUGGCGGAACUAAAGGGUGAAUAUGAAGAGCUGGUGGAGUCGGAGCAGUUUGGCAUUGUGAUGAGUUCGGUAAAACUCCUGCGGCCUCGUCUGAAUGGCAUCCUGUUCAAGCUGACCUUCGAAGAGCAGGUGAACAACAUCCGGCCGGACAUCAUGAACGUGACGUUCGCCUGCGAGGAGGUGAAGAAGAGCGAAAGCUUCUGUAAACUCCUGGAGUUGGUUUUACUGGUCGGCAACUACAUGAACGCCGGCUCAAGGAACGCCCAGACGUUUGGUUUCAACAUCAGCUUCCUCUGCAAGCUCCGGGACACUAAAUCCAUCAGUCAGAACACAACACUUCUUCAUUUCCUGGCUGAGAAGUGUGAAGAACAUUUCCCGGCGAUUCUGAACUUCCCAGAUGAACUUGAACAUGUGGAAAGUGCCAGCAGAGUGUCUGCCGAGAUCUUAAAGAGCAGUUUGACCACCAUGGAGCGCCACAUUCAAAGGCUGGAAAACGACAUUGAAAACUUUCCCAAAAAGGAUGACCAGCAAGACAAGUUUGUGGAAAAGAUGUCGGGUUUCUGCAAGCAUGCCAGGGAGCAGUACGAAAAGCUGUCCACCAUGCACAAGAACAUGCAGAAGCUCUACGAGAGCAUCGGCAGCUACUUCGCCUUUGACCCCCAGUUGGUCAGCGUGGAGGAUUUCUUCGGGGAGCUGGCCAACUUCCGCAUCCUCUUCCUGGAAGCAGUGAAGGAGAACCACAAGAAGAAGGAGAUGGAGGAGAAGAUCAAGAGAGCCAAGCUGGCGAAGGAAAAAGCGGAGCGCGAGAAGCAGGAGCGCCAGCAGAAGAAGAAGCAGCUGAUUGACAUGAACAAAGAAGGAGAUGAAACUGGUGUGAUGGAUAGCCUAAUGGAAGCUCUACAGUCCGGAGCUGCGUUCCGUGAUCGGCGGAAACGGACGCCGCGCAACGGUGAUCAAAGCCCCUCCAGUCCAGCCUCUCGGUGGCCGGGUGCUAACUAUGGUAACAGAACCCUAGACAACCGGCGCGCGGUGCUGGAAAGGUCUCGCUCACGCCACAACGCAAAUCACCAAGCUCGAUGAUCAGCCGCGCCUACCACAGGACGCUAGAUAAGUGCCAAAGAGGCCUGCGAGGAGGAGACCAGGAGGACGUCUGAAGGAGGGAGCGACCACUUUCGUCACUGUGGUGCACACACACACGCUCAAAAAGGACUCACACAAACACACACUCAUGCAGGACCAAGUACUGAAAAAGACGCAGCAGAGAAGUGAAGAAUCCGACUUUUUUAAUUUUCAUCCUCUUCACCUUACAUAUUUAUUCAAUAAUUUCUCAUCACUUUGAAUGUUUGUGUCCUCCCUCCCGAGUUUGAUUGAAAAAAAAAAAGCAUAUUUUAUGCCCAGUGCUUUUUGAAAAUGAAAAAAAAAAGAAAUUCAUUGUUUGAAAAUCCAUUUUAAUUUUUUCAAGUCCAAACCUUCUGCUUUAAUCAUUUUAUAAUCACAACGCUACAUUUCACAAACAGUUUUGCCAGAAAACAUCACGGCGAAUUGAAGGCAUUCUGCCUGAGGGGACGAGCGGAGCGUUCGCCGUCCAUUCACUCGUUCAUCUGUCCUUCGAGCGGCGGACGGGGCACCGACCUGCCGACGACGAGUCGCCGUUUCUUUACGCCAUUCACGUCAAUAUCCCUCACUUCAACCAACAUCAAGACAAUUCCCAGCGCCAAAUCUGAAAAAGAAGCCCCCAUGAAUCAUGUCAUCACGUACCCCCCCCCAUCUGCGCCAGUAUGUCAGCGCAUGUGACUCACCGAUCUCCAAACUGUAAUCUCCCUUUUUUGACAAGAUGCAUUUUAUUUUUAGUUGUGUAAUAUCUAGCCGGACCCUCAGGGCGCUGAUCUCUGUCCCAAGGUCGCCUUCGCUGUUAACAUGAGAGACUGACACAUUUUUAAAUGCAUAUAACAGCCUGCAGGAACCAACAGGAACUCUCCGACCUCUGCCGCGGUCACACACGGCUUCUCGGCGCACGGCGUUUGAUCAGGCAGAGGUAGUCCUACACCUCUCUUAUUAAUCUGUUUUAAUCUGUGUGGCUUUUUUUAAAAAAAAUGUACAGACUCUAAUAAAAGACACUGGGUUAUUAAUCUGCCUGGAGACCAGUGGUUAGGAGUUUGCUCCUUUGUGAAUUCCCACUGCAGAUUUUCAAUUGAUUUUUUUUUUUUCCCCUUUGGGUUCUUAAAUGCUUAAUAAAAAAAAAAAAAAGCCUUUGUAAGAAAAUCAGAAACUCAACAAAGGGACAUGUUUCACUACUUUUUAAAUCUUUAAUUAAUUUAAUUGAAUCAAUACAGAGCUAUUAUUUCACGUGGUUAAAACUGAGAUAUUAACAAGUGUAAUUUAUGUCGUCAACUUUCUUUUAUUUAUAAAUGUAAAGCCCUUUAGGGAACAAAAAAAAAGACAUUCAUAAUCUCCUGGAGGAAUCAUGGCUCAAAGACUAAAGGGUUUAAAACAAACAAACUGAUUAAAAAAAGACUAAGUUUCUUGUCGAGAACUGUGGAGCCACAACAAACAACUUCUCCCACCUGGAGGCGGAUGGACUGAUGCUUGGUGUUUGCUGGUUUCUCCACCGUCGCUGCGGUUUCACGUGAACUAUUUAUUCAUGUAUUCAUGCUCGGGGGCGGCUCUGCCCCCCUAAACUGUAAGCAGAUGCGACUAAAAACAGCCACUGAAUCCACACGGAGACUUGGCACGCCCGGAAAACUCCGCAGAGUGUCCCGACAAUGCCCCGCAUUUCCCCGGCGCUAAUGGCAGAAGUGACCCUUCUACCGUAACACGAGUCGCUCUCCAAACACCAUAACUCUGCUCCGGGCUCCUGUGUGUGUGUGUGUGUGUGUGUGCGUAUGUGCGUCUGUGUUUGGAUUGGGCGGAUUGUGCGCGCGCCAUGCCAGCGCAGUAAUCGGAACAGGAACCCGGGCAAAAUAGGAUUCAGUGUGCUUGACUCCCGGGCUGAAUAGACGGAGAUUUUUCAUUUAAACAAUCUGCCAGCGCUGCUUGUGAUGAGUCUGUUUCAUGAUGCCUCCUCUUCCCAGCCCGCACGCUUCUAAAAAUGCAAUUUUACACAUCAUCUCGGCUCAAGGUGCACCCACAAUGCUCCGAGAAGUCGGCAUAUUUAGGAAGACAAUAAUUCUCCUCUGAGUGCGAGGCUGGAGCAGCCGCACAGAGGAAGCAUAGCGAAUGAGUUUUUCUGCAUAAGGGAUUCUGCACUGAUAGGAGUUUUAAGGGCGUGUUGUAACAGCAGAGAUAGAGAUGUGCCGUCUGAGGCAGUGAUUUCCUCUUUCUAAUUGCUGCUGCACCACAACUGUUUCAAACACUGAGAACAACCACUUCUGUUAUUAUUGUAGUUUCCGCACCACUACCUGCCAGGCUAUGUGGUGUAUUUUUGCCCCAGGAAAAGCGUUUCUUUAAAUAAUGUGACAAAUAUUUUUUUUUUCUUUCAAUUAAUUAAAACAAUGGCAGUUUUCUUUCAUGUGUGCCAACUUUUUUUUUUCUUGGAUUGUUUUUUCCAGUUCUCAGAUUUUUCUGCAAAAUUACAAAAAGGAUUGUAAAAAGAUUAAAAGAGGGAAAAAAAAAACUUUUUAAAAAGUUUUAUUUCAGCCAUUGUUUGAUAAACUUUGUUCCCACUUAAGAACUGCUGUCAUUCAAAGUAGGAAGCUUGAUGUGAUAGUGACGUGGUAUUUCUUAUCUAAAAAGCUCUUCCAUCUUUUGUAGGAUGGAGUUUAUUUGAAGUUCUAGACGAUAAACUUUUGUAACGUUGCCAUCGUAGAAGUUGACGAUUCUCCCUGAGAACAGCCUCUCUGACGUUAAACCCAUGCGACACGAGGCUGAAAAGGCCAAAAUGAAUCAGCUGUUGGAUUCAGCAUGAAAAAUGGAAGAAAAAAAAAAAAAAAAGAAUUUAACCGAAACUUCUACAAUGACAACAUUCCUCCUCAUCCCUGUACAUGGUUGUCGUGUUUCUCUCCCAUUCCAUUUUUUAGGAUAAUCUGAGCUAAGUGUGUUUUUGUAGAGAAAGUAGUGAGAGCUUCCAGGUUGGAGGAACCUGAAGCGGCCCAUCAUGUUAGUAUUUAAAAAAAAAAAAGAAGAAGAAAUAAACAGCUCAUCCUCCUUGUCAUGUUUUCUGCUUGUGACUAACAAACCUCGGCCGGCGAUGCUGAUGGUGAUUGUAAAAGCGAGGAGGCAGGGGUAUGAGAGGCUUCCUCCGGUUCUGCUGGCUCCCUUUCAAAGUCAAGGUUUGCAGCGAUACUCGUCUGACUGUGCACUUUACCUCACCAGGCUACUCUGCUCAGGCAGAGAGAGAGAGAGAGAGAUUUAGGAUUCAUAAAUACAACAUUGCCACUAACAGAGUGAACUAUUUGCAAAGUAUUUUCUUUUAGUAAAUAGUUCCCAGCUGCCACAUAUCCAGUUCUCUCCCGCUUUGUUAGCGCUCGCUAUUGAUCUGCGCGGCCCGAUCGCGGCUGAAUCAACAAACUGUUGACAAACCCUGCCCGGCCACGAUGUGUAAGCUGCCAUAUCCCUGCCUGCCCUCUCUGUUGUCAUCCAGUAUGUUUUAUUGUCUUAAGAAACAUUUAUAUUUGUUACAAGUUUAUUUGUAUCCUUAGAAACAUUAAAAAAAAAAAAAAAAAGCAAAAUGGUUAUGCACACUGUCCUUCCAUAGACUAUGUAAUGGAAUAUGAUACUAAAUAAUAACCACUUUGUUAU